UUCGACCAGCAGCGCCCGGGGCGGGCGGGUAUAAAUGGAGCGGUGGCUGCCCCAGCCGCCUCUCUCCGCCCCGGGUCACCGCCGCCUGCAUCGCUUCCAGGCUCAACAGCCUGAAGCAAGAACGAGAAGAAGAUAAAACGACAGCAGAUAGAGGCCCGAACACGCUUCAAAACCUUACAAAAAAGAAGGAAAAGGGGAAGAGUGAAAGCGAAUCCCCUUUGGAGAGCCUGCGGGGAAGUCACUUUCGCACGCUUCCGGCCUCGUCGCGCCCCGCGUCCGUCCGUGUCCUCCGUCGGUGCCGGUGGUGAGCCGCCCCCGGCCCGCGCGUCCCGCCUCCUCCCGCGCCCGCGCGCCCGCCGCGUGGCACAGCCCGCGCCCCCGCGCCGGCCGGCGCACCACGUGUCGGCGCUGCCCUUCGCCGCCGCCGCCGCCGCCGCCCGCCCGGGGCUGGCCGCGUCGGCACCCGCAAAGAUUCGGUUUCCCUCUUCCCUGGCCGCUGUAAUCUUAAACCGCCGGGAGCCCGGGGCCUAUAUUUAUCGAGAAACGCGUGUUCCCCAAGGCCGCCGUGGGCAGCAUCUGGCUGCCUCUUGAAGAAUUUUUGCCCCCUUCCGAAGGGCAUUGCUUACUUUAAUUUUUUUCUUUUUUUUUUGGUGAAAUUUGGAGCUUCAAACCCAGACAGCUUGGAAAUCGCAAACUCCCCGGGAAAGGCCAUAUUGUUUUUGAGAGCCUUUGUCUGGGGUUUUGCGGUCCCGGGUGAGCCGGCCCCGCACUCACGACCUGCCUCCGAGCCUCCCUGCUCCAGCGUCUCUUGGUGUCGCUCUGUGCCACUUGUGAGCCCCGGCGCGGGCCACGGCCCCUAGAAAACCCCCUUUUGUCCUGCAGUGGGCCCUGUAAGAAGUCCUGGCGGGGCUCGGGGUGGUGGGGGGCGGGGAGAUGAACGCUGCAGCCAGCAGCUACCCCAUGGCCUCCCUGUACGUGGGCGACCUGCACUCGGACGUCACCGAGGCCAUGCUGUAUGAAAAGUUCAGUCCCGCGGGGCCUGUGCUGUCCAUCCGGGUCUGCCGUGAUAUGAUCACCCGCCGCUCCUUGGGCUAUGCGUACGUCAACUUUCAGCAGCCAGCUGACGCUGAGCGGGCCUUGGACACCAUGAACUUUGAUGUGAUUAAGGGAAAGCCGAUCCGUAUAAUGUGGUCCCAGAGGGACCCCUCCUUGAGAAAAUCUGGCGUGGGAAAUGUCUUUAUCAAGAACCUGGACAAAUCCAUAGAUAACAAGGCACUUUAUGAUACUUUUUCUGCUUUUGGGAACAUUCUGUCCUGCAAGGUGGUGUGUGAUGAGAAUGGCUCUAAGGGUUAUGCCUUUGUCCACUUCGAGACCCAGGAGGCUGCCGACAAGGCCAUCGAGAAGAUGAAUGGCAUGCUCCUCAAUGACCGCAAAGUGUUUGUGGGCAGAUUCAAGUCUCGAAAAGAACGGGAAGCUGAGCUGGGAGCCAAAGCCAAGGAAUUCACGAAUGUUUAUAUCAAAAACUUUGGGGAAGAGGUGGAUGAUGAGAGUCUAAAAGAGUUAUUUAGUCAAUUUGGUAAGACUCUAAGUGUCAAGGUGAUGAGAGAUACCAGUGGGAAAUCCAAAGGCUUUGGCUUUGUGAGUUACGAAAAACAUGAGGAUGCCAAUAAGGCUGUGGAAGAGAUGAAUGGAAAAGAAAUCAGUGGGAAAAUCAUAUUUGUAGGCCGUGCACAGAAGAAAGUAGAACGGCAAGCUGAAUUAAAACGGAAAUUUGAACAGCUGAAACAGGAAAGAAUUAGUCGAUACCAGGGGGUGAAUCUCUACAUUAAGAACUUGGAUGAUACCAUUGAUGAUGAGAAAUUAAGGAAAGAGUUUUCUCCUUUUGGAUCAAUCACCAGUGCUAAGGUAAUGCUAGAGGAUGGAAGAAGCAAAGGGUUUGGCUUCGUCUGCUUCUCAUCACCUGAAGAGGCAACCAAAGCAGUCACUGAGAUGAAUGGACGUAUUGUGGGCUCCAAGCCACUGUAUGUUGCUCUGGCUCAAAGGAAGGAGGAAAGGAAGGCUCACCUGACAAACCAGUACAUGCAGCGGGUGGCUGGCAUGAGAGCACUCCCUGCCAACGCCAUCUUAAACCAAUUCCAGCCUGCAGCUGGUGGCUACUUCGUGCCGGCAGUUCCACAGGCACAGGGAAGACCUCCAUAUUACACCCCUAACCAGUUAGCACAGAUGAGGCCUAACCCACGCUGGCAGCAAGGCGGGAGACCUCAAGGCUUCCAAGGAAUGCCAAGUGCCAUACGCCAGUCUGGGCCUCGUCCAACUCUUCGCCAUCUGGCUCCAACUGGUAAUGCUCCGGCCUCUCGUGGCCUCCCUACUACCACUCAGAGAGUCGGGUCUGAGUGCCCGGACCGCUUGGCUAUGGACUUUGGUGGGGCUGGUGCCGCCCAGCAAGGGCUGACUGACAGCUGCCAGUCUGGAGGUGUUCCCACAGCUGUGCCAAACCUUGCACCUCGUGCUGCGGUUGCUGCUGCUGCUCCACGGGCUGUGGCACCAUACAAGUAUGCAUCCAGCGUCCGCAGUCCCCACCCUGCCAUACAGCCUCUACAGGCACCCCAGCCUGCCGUUCAUGUGCAGGGGCAGGAACCCUUGACCGCCUCCAUGCUGGCUGCAGCACCCCCCCAGGAACAGAAGCAGAUGCUGGGAGAACGUUUGUUCCCGCUCAUCCAAACAAUGCAUUCAAACCUGGCUGGGAAGAUCACGGGAAUGCUGCUGGAGAUCGAUAACUCAGAGCUGUUGCACAUGCUUGAGUCCCCCGAGUCUCUCCGCUCCAAGGUGGACGAAGCUGUGGCAGUUCUGCAGGCUCAUCAUGCCAAGAAAGAAGCUGCCCAGAAGGUGGGCGCUGUUGCUGCUGCUACCUCUUAGACAAGGAAAAACCGAGUCAAAAGCCAAAUGACCCCAUGGAAUUCAGCUCACAGUUUGAAGACUUCCAGCUUGUCCUAUGGACCUCAACACCAGGAACCACAAGUUGCAGAUUUAAUAGGUCAUUUUGUAUCAAAAGGUCAAUUAUGAAGCGCCUAGAAUUUUUCAAUUAUAAGAAGAUAUUCUCUGGGUUCUGCUGCGGCCCAGACAGUGUUAACUUUUUUUUUUCUAUUGUGGGUUUUGAUUUUUUUUUUCCCCCCAGAAAUUGGUUUUAUUUGAUGUACCCAAGUCUUAAGUUUCUCAAUAAAGAAAAUCUCCAUUAAGUCUGCUUGUA